UUAUAUAAAUAAUAUAUAUUAUCUAUUUUUUUAUUAAAAAUAAUUUUGUAUUUAAUAGAAGAAGUUGCAAUAAUAUUGUAAUUAGAAAAAUCAAUUUACGUCAACUUACACGACUUACGUUAACAUUUGCGCGAAAGGUCCACGUUUUUGGCGCUAUGAUAAAUAUUUGUGAACAUAAUGGUUCGGCAUAAUAAUCAAUUACCGGAUAAUCUUCCGCAAUUGCAGAAUUUAAUAAAACGUGAUCCAGAAUCGUACAAAGAAGAAUUCCUUCAACAACACAAUCAUUUUAAAUCAUUUUUGGAAGUAUUCCGUUUAAAUCCAGAGAAAUUCGAUAAAGAUCUCGAUGUAGUGUCUAUGUUCCUUGCCCAGGUGGCCCAUUGUUAUCCAGAUGUUCUUGUCACGUUUCCUCAGGAUAUAAUUGACACUCUCGAGAAGCACAAUACAGUUCUUCACAAUGACAUGCGAAUGACAUUUUGCAAAGCUUUAAUUUUGCUUCGUAAUAAAGGACUCCUGGAACCGACAGCGUUGUUAAAUUUAUUUUUUAAUCUUCUACGAUGUCAAGAUAAAGUUUUACGGGAAUUUUUACAAACUCAUAUUAUAACGGAUAUAAAGAAUAUCAAUGCAAAACACAAAAAUGCAAAAAUUAAUACAGUUUUGCAAAAUUUUAUGUUCACCAUGCUCAAAGAUGCGAACGAUAGAGCGGCAAGAAUGUCAUUAGACAUUAUGAUUGAAUUAUACAGGAAAAAUGUGUGGAACGAUGCAAAAACUGUGAAUGUCAUUGCAACUGGUUGUUUCUCAAAAAUAAUGAAAAUAAUGGCAACAAGUUUACGAUUUUUUUUGGGUACCGAUCCAGAUGAAAAGGACAGUGAUGAGAGUGACAGUGACGAUGAACCAAAUGUCAAGGAAGUUAUGCUUGCCAAUAAAGUGAACAAGAAAACAAAAAAAAGAGAUAAACAAUUGAAAAAGGCGAAACAACUUUAUGCCAAAUCAAAAAAGAAGAAAUCAAAGGCUCCGCAAUUUAAUUUCUCAGCUUUACAUUUAAUUCACGAUCCACAAGGUUUUGCGGAAAAAUUAUUUAAACAAAUGCAGAAAAAUAAUGAUCGGCGAGAAAUUAAAGUCAUGACACUUGAUGUUGUGUCGAGAUUAAUUGGUUUACAUGAUUUGUUUCUUUUAAAUUUCUAUCCAUUCGUACAAAAAUAUCUACAUCCUCACAUUCCAGAUGUUACGAAAAUGUUACAAUUUGUUGCUCAAGCGUCACAUGAAUUGGUGCCGCCAGAUGUUUUAGAGCCGGUUUUAAAAACUUUGGUGAAUAAUUUUGUAACUGAACGAAAUUCAGGAGAUGUUAUGGCAAUUGGAUUGAAUGCAGUGCGAGAAAUUUGCGCGCGAUGUCCGUUGGUCAUGACGGAAGAUCUUCUUCGAGAUUUGUCGCAGUAUAAAAAUUACAGAGAACGAAGUGUUAUGAUGGCUGCUCGAUCGCUCAUUGCAUUGUUCAGAAAUACGAUGCCAGAUUUGCUUAAUAAAAAGGACAGAGGUCGUCCAACAGAGGCGACAAUGUUCCUAGAGCCUCUACAAUAUGGAAAAGUCAAUGCGAGUACAUUUAUACCUGGCGCUGAAGUUUUACUUGAAAAAUCAACCGAGGAUAUUGAAAUUGACAGCGAAAACAGUGACGACGACGAUGAAUGGAUUGAUGUGAAGCACAGUGACGAUGAAGAUCAAACGAUAAAUAGUAUCGAGGAAGAUGAUGAUGAAAUUGAUGAAGAAGAAGACGAAGAAUUCGAUAGCGAAGAAGAAGAAGAGGAAGAUGAUGAUGAUGAUGAAGAAGAAGAAGAAGAGGAUAUUAAUGACAAAGAAGACAACGAGAAAAAUGAAAAAGAAUCGAAAAAUAAAAUUCAAAAUAUUAAAAAGUCCAAGAAGAAAACUAAAAUUGAGGAACUGAGUACGGAAAGUAAAAUUGAAGAUGAUUCAAUGUCUCAAAAGACAAUAAGAAGUAAUCAUGGUAAGAAGAAAACGUAUGCCUCGAAAUUGGAACGGAAAAAAAGGAAAAUUGCAAUGCUCGCAAAAAAUAGAGAACAAAAGAAAACGGAAUAUACUGCCGAAAAAAAGGAGAAGGCGUCACAAAUUUCCGUUGAUAGAAUUUUAACGGAUGAAGAUUUUAAGAGAAUUGAUAUGGCUUUAGUUAAACAACAAGUGACGCAUGCAAAACGUGGAGUAAAACGGCCACACGAUGAAGAUCGUGGAGAAUUGGUGAAACUUGGUGACAUUGAAAAUGUCUAUAAAAAGAAGAGGCACGACAAGGAAUCUCGAUUAGAAAGCGUUCGGAAAGGACAAGAAGGAAGAGAAAAAUUCGGUUACAAGGAUGGAAGGCAAAAUCCUUUGUGCAGUAAAACAAAUCGCGAGAGGAAUAAAAAGAAAGCUUAUCAAAUGAUAAAAUACAAAGUUAAAGGAAAAGGAAAGCGUUCAUUUAAAGAUAAACAAAUUGCACUUAGAAAUCAUUUAACAACGUUAAAAAAGAUGAAGUAAUUUCAUCAAAAUUUUAUACAGAUUGAAAUAAACAGAAAUAUUUAUCA